AUGGCCGAAAGUGUAGGCGGCGGCGGCGUUAGGCUUCACGUCGGUGGAUUGGGAGAAAGCGUUGGAAAAGAUGAUCUUCUCAAAAUCUUCUCUCCAAUGGGUUCCGUAGAUUCCGUCGAAUUUGUUAGGACCAAAGGUCGGUCUUUUGCAUACAUCGAUUUCUCUCCUUCCUCCGAUAAUUCACUCACGAAGCUCUUCUCAAUGUAUAAUGGAUGUGUUUGGAAAGGAGGGAGAUUGCGGCUGGAGAAAGCUAAAGAGCAUUAUCUAGCUCGCUUGAAGAGAGAGUGGGAAGAGUCUUCUUCUACCUCUGAUGACACCGUCGUACAAGCUCCGGAUAACUCCACUCCACCUCCCACUCACCUUAACAUCUUCGUUCCAAAACUCAGAAAGGUGAAAGCUAUGCCACUUAGUGGAACUGGCAAACAUAAGUAUAGUUUCCAGCGUGUUCCAGUGCCGUCUCUUCUUCCCAAGAGCUUUUGCGAUUGCGAAGAGCACUCUACGUCUCUCACUCCUCGGGAAAACCAUGUCCGUGAUCUGGAAGCGCUUAGUGCUGGAAUAAACGAAGAAGAGGUGAAUAUUAUGAACUCGGUGAUGAGCAAGCUCUUUGAGAAAAACAACCUUUCAAAGAGUGAGCAGGUCCCUGACCAGAAGCUAGCUGAGAAAAACGACCUUCCAAAGAGUGAGCAGGUCCCUGAGGAUGAGGAGGACAGUGAGAUUGAAGAAGACGAAGAUAACCUCAUCAUCAAUGUGGUAUCUAAUGGGAACGAUAUGAUGAACUCAGAGCUGGAUAUCUUGUCAAGAAAACGGAAAUCAAUUCUCAAUGAAACAACAGCAAGUGGAGAAGGAUAUACUGAAGGACGAAAGGAGAGCCACAUUCAUCCAAGCAAAAAAAGGCAAACAGAGGGAAGUAGUGGAAGACAGGAAUCUUCACAGGCCAUACGUGAAAAGAAGAAACCUUCUGAAGUGGAUCCUGAUAAAUCAUCAGAUGAACCAAGCAGAAUGUCAGGUGUCAAGCGGUCGAAUGACAAUAUUGCCUGGUCCCAAAAGUCUUCCUGGAAAGCACUUAUGGCCAAUGGGAACAGCGGUAAUUUUAGCGUAACCAGUGUCUUGCCAGAUGUUGGCUCCAGUGAUGCUGUACAACAUGCAUCGAGCAAUACUGAUACAGCACAGCGAACUGCGAAAACUAAGAUAAAGAAAACGAAAAGUAAGCGCCUAACUUCUACAAUCAUGGAAGGGAAUUUGCCUGUGGUAGAUGAUAUAGAGAGGAAUGAUGCUACAGCUACUGAUGAUGUAGGUUCAGACCACUCAGAAGAUACUGGUACUGAUACAUGUGUGGAAGCUGAACCCCUAGAACCUGUAUCAAGCACCGAGGGAGAUAGUGAAAAUGACAAUUUGAAUGUGGAAGAGGAUGAGAAUGUAGCAGAGGAUUUCAAUGCAGAAAAGGAAAGCUUAGUCUUGGAAGAUAAUGUUGGUCACGAUGAAGUGGACAAUGAAGAGACAAGGAAAGGACCGUUGGAAGCUUGUAGCAAAUCAACAGGAGGUUCUUCAUGGCUUCAGAGGGCAUCAUGGACUCAACUGGUUAGUGAAAGGGAUACUUCAUUCAGUUUAACUCAACUCUUCCCGGAUUCAAGUUCUGACAAGUGUGAAGCAGCUGGAGCAGUCAACAAUGCCGACGGCCAAUAUUCCAACUCUAACCAGAGUGAAAGCGGAAUGAAACAAAGGGAUUACACGUCUAGCUCGAAUGGUGUUGAAGCUGCGGGAGUUCAUGUGGAUAGUACCCCUGUGAGAAGUUUAGAAGAGACAAGGCAGAGUCUGAAGGCUAAGAAUGUGAGUGAAGGAUCGAGAUUGAGUGUGAAGAAGCCGAUUAGGAGAGUUAUUGGGUCAGGGGAGACUUGCACUUUUAUGAGAAGCUCGACUUCUUUGAACGAGUGGAAAAAGGCUAAGCAGGCAUUGAGUGAACCCAGAAGAAGGAAUAAGGGUAAGGAGGAAUUGAGUGAGCCCAGUAGUAGGAAAAAAAGGUGA